AUGAUGGAUCCUGCGAAUGAAGAAUUGCUUCCCCGUCCGAGUCUUUUGGCAUUUCGACCUUCACGAAUGUUGCGCGCGUCACAGCAACAGCAACAGUUUCAGAAUACAAUGUACAAACAGCAUUUACGACGUGGGAUUGAUCGUAGUAGUGACGAUGCAGAUGGUCGAUCAACAGUCGGUACAGCGUGCAUGUCGGAUACAAGUGAUGAGGGAGAUUGGUACGAAGAUAGUGAGAGCAGUAGCUCAGACGUGAGUUCCACGUGCUUUCCGUCACCUGCAGGAACACAAUCGAACCGUGAUAAACGAGCAGUUUCGACAGUUGAAGAAGAGGAAGAGAAGGAUUAUUAUCUGAACAAUAGCAAUCGAUGCAAUCGAGCAGAGUCGUUACUAGCAAUGCUAGCCAUGCCAGUAUCGGGGCCUAUUCCUCUUCUUGAAGUAAUGGGGAGUGAGAAUGAAGACAAUGACAUUGACACGAUCAUUUGUGACCCGUCGAGGCUCCCACGUACACUAAUUGUGGAUGAAGAUGGCUUUUCAUUGUCUAGAGAGAGUGUAAUGGCUCGAGCAGCCAAUGUCCCACGUGGAGGAGUGAUCAAGUCGGGGCUGUUAUUCAAACAAGGUUUUGGACUACGCGCUGGUGGCUGGAAGGUACGCUUUGUUGUACUCACGAGCACAAAGAUGACGUUUUUUCGAGAAGAACGUGGCCGCAAACGCGGAGAGAUUGAUUUGGCCAAAUGCAGCGCCAAGAGCAUUGAGAUUAUGCCUCGUGACUCGGUCUUUGACGGUUCCCAAGCCACAAUGUGGCGGUUUGCUAUCCGCAACAAAAACCGACGUAUACUGCUCAGUGCGUACACGGAGGGUGAGAUGAAGGAUUGGCUACGGUGUCUUCACGUAGCGCUGGCUGUACAGGGUUCUGGUUUUGGACGAUUUACAGACUUUGUGGUGCCAAGUGGGACGUUCCUGGCCUCGAAGGGUGGCGGACUUAUGCGAUCGUCUGGUAAUAUGUAA